GCAGUCUAACAGGCCUCUGAGUUCAAUUGAGGUAACGUCAACGGGACAAUAGCUUUCACCUCCAUUUUUAAUUGUGUCUUCGGUGGGACACCGGUUGUGUGUCUUCUAUCUGCAUACAGGAUUGAAUGACACGAUAUUUUGAUAUUUAUUAUGUUUUUGACCCCCUUUUUGUAACAUGUCGUGGUUAUGUCAAAUGGCGUCGUCAAGCUAACCGACAUUAGCCACCGGGAUUUCAAAACAAAAGCAGGGGAAGUUACGACUUCGGUUAAACGCGCAGGGUCCAGUAUGCCUAAAGAACAGCGCAGCUUGAAUGAGCACAGUCCCUGUGCUACAUCCAGCAAGAACGCUAAAAAUAAGAACAACAGUACGACACUGUUGGCAAUGCGUGAUGCGAAAGACGCAGAUGACUCCAGUGGAAGGGGCUCCCGCUGCAGCUCAGAAAAAGAUUCUGGCUACUCUGAUGGCUCGGACUGGCAGCAGACAGAUGUGGAGGACCAGCACAGCCAAAAAAGUCAGUCCAGAGGCAGUGAGGGUGCAGAAACUUCACAGCCUGCUCAAAACAAAGACCUUAGGCAAGGGAAUCCUGGGAAUCCUAACUUGAUGUUAGCAGGCCAUGAGCUCCAACCCAUCUACAUCAUCAAUAACAUGGUGCUUAAGCAGCCGGACACGAUCAAGAAAAGAGGUCAGCUGCCCCCGAGAAAUGGAAGCGGGGAAACUGGCAGUACUGGUCCUACUCAUAUGAUCCUUUUCCAGCAGCCUAGCUUGUCGCCGGCCACCGUCCAGCUUCACAAACCUUCAUCGCGUAAGCCCAACAGCACAGGGAAGAAAGCGAAUAGCACAUACCUGCCCAUUCUCAACUCCUACCCCCGUAUUGCACCACACCCCAGCAAGAAGCCGCCUGAUAAAGCUUUAUCAAACGAUGAAUCACAGAAUCUGAGCAAAAGGGUGUGCGUUGAACACAGGAACACUGACACACCUGUGACCAGCAGUCUACCCAAGCAGCACGUUUAUAAGCAACCCACAUCAUCAGUGGUAACCUCUGGGUUGCCAUGUUCCUCUUCAACCAAAGAUGCUCAAUCCGCUUCCAGUCCCAUUACUGUCUCCUCGAGCCAGGACUCCCCAUCUGAGUCCAGUCUGCACAGCACCUCCUCCAUCCUCACAACCAGAGGACUUCACAGAAACAGCACCACCAGUACUCGCCAUCGCCGUUUCCUCAACACAGUAGAAAUCCUCAGACAGUCAGGCCUGUUGGACAUAACGCUGCGCACGAAGGAGCUGCUGCGUCAGAGCAACGCCACUGAACGGGACAUUGCCCAGCUUCGCCAGCACACAGAGCUGCUGUGCCAGGCUGCCACCAACCCCACCUGCAGUCUUAGUGGUAUCACAGCCUGGGAGCAGGUACACCAAGCAAUGGCUGAGUCUGGCAGGUACCCCAAUCUUAAAAUCCUGCAACAUUUUCAAAUCUCAUGUCAUUCAGAUAUUUCCACAGGUGACGUCAGUGGGCCACUAGCUGUUGAGAGCUCAGAGGUGCCAGUAUCUCGCCUUCUCACUACUAUAUCACACCCAAACUCAGAACAAGGCAGGGAGCCUGAGGUCAGAGAUAAAGUCUCAGAGAAAGUCACCUUUAUGUCUCCUGACAGUUCCACCGAUUAACACAAUCUGCAGUGCCUUUAAAGGGAAAGAGAUUACUCAGGACAAUGCUGGGAUAUUAUGUGUGGUUUUAAUGGUUUAUCCCUGGUUAUUUAAACCUAGUUUUAUAAAGAUUGUGAUGAAAUACCUCUGCAGGUCAGCUGAAAUCAAACAAUGACUUGAGGUUAGUACUUUUUGUGAAUGUUGCAGUUUUGUUUUCAGUUGCCCUCCUUUACCAGAAUUAAGUGUUUGACAUCUGAAAGCUGAUCAAUUAUGAAUUUACAAAAGUGCAAUUAAGUCCCAAGGCACCAUCUUCUACCACUACAGAUUUUAUAGAACCACACAGAUGAGUUGAGGGUCUCUGCCUGUGAGCCACUUAAAGGAUUAUGUGAAAAUUAAAUGUGUGUUCCUGGGAGGCAGAUGAAACUGUCUCACACACAGGUGGCACUACAGUGUUUAAUUCAGGGGAAAAAAAUAUUUAAAUCCAUCUCCUGGGAGAUGAAUGUUGAGAAAAUGGUUUCUUGCAACCUGCUGUACCAGAGAGUGAGCCAGCAGUCCAAACAUGGUAAGAAACAAAACUGGUGCCUUCAAAGCGACAUAAAGUCAAAGGCUACCAGAAAAAUGGUCCAUAAAGGAAACACGCAGGAUUCGAGGCACAACUAGGCACUGAGUGCUGCGGAGAAAAUCUCUCUGUGACAUCACAAACUGCACUACCCUAGACUGCUGCAAGGACAUCUAUCCAAAUGCUCCCCAACAAAGCCUUAAAAACUUUUUUUUUUUUUUUGCAUUAUCAGAGCAAGGUUAUCAUAUUGUGGUCAUUACCAAUAUUACCAGUACAGCACUCAUAAUAACGGAAGCAAUUCAACCACAGACUAUGAAUUCAGCACAGCAUCUGCAGGGGAGUAAUUAAUACUGUUUCCUCUCAUGGAGCAGCUUUGUUUUCCAUCUUCACUUUGACAAUACUCCUUUUUGUUGUUGUUGUUUUGUGGUCAUUUGUUUUAAUCAGAAAUGGACAACUGUUUGUAUUUGAGUUUAAGAGAGUCUGACAAUCUUAAAGUAUAAAUGUAUGUUGCGUGGUUAAAUGCAUGUGGUAUGAUUUUUCAUUUAUUUCUUUGUGCUUGUGCAUAUGACAGACAUCACAGCCAGCAGUGCACACAUUCUCAAAUUUAAAGUGGUUUAUACAACGAAUCUUCAUCAUUUUAAGGUUUUUAAAUAAAACAACAUAUGAAGAAGAGACA